GUGCCUGUGAAGCAUCUGGCCCGCGGGGAUACGAGAGUGUCACCUGGCCAGGGUGGGCAUCCCAAAAGAACCCUCACAACUGAAGCGACGACAGGCUGAGAGGGUUCUGAGGCAGAACGGCUGAGGCCGGGGCAGGGGCCUCACCUGGGACCUAGGAUCCGAGGGGGAGCUUCGGGGUGAGGGGAUGCCCAGGCCAGGGCAGGCCGGAAAGGGGCUUUGUGGGUCGGGGCCAAACCUGCCCCCAAAUAGGGCUGCGGGAUCUCCUGGCCAUACAAGGCUCUUGGAAUCUGGACCCUGGGGACCCCAGGCAGCUGGGCCCAGCUAAAACGCUGCCGACACCCCAUACCUCGUACUGUGUGCACAGCAGAUCUGGUGCCGCCGAGAGGUGUUCUCCCAGCCAGCCACAGACAUGACGGAGCGCCUGACGGCCGAGCAGAUCAAGGAGUACAAGGGGGUCUUUGAGAUGUUCGACGAGGAGGGCAACGGGGAGGUGAAGACAGCGGAGCUGGAGCGGCUCAUGAGCCUGCUGGGCAUCAACCCCACCAAGAGCGAGCUGGCUUCCAUGGCCAAGGACGUGGACAGAGACAACAAAGGAUUCUUCACCUGUGACGGCUUCCUGGCCCUGAUGGGGAUUUACUGGGAGAAGGCCCAGAACCAGGAGGGCGAGCUGAGGGCGGCCUUCCGUGUCUUCGACAAGGAGGGCAAGGGCUACAUCGACUGGAACACGCUCAAGUACGUGCUCAUGAAUGCAGGUGAGCCGCUCAAUGAGGUAGAGGCCGAGCAGAUGAUGAAGGAGGCUGACAAGGACGGAGACGGAACCAUUGACUAUGAGGAGUUUGUGGCCAUGAUGACCGGAGAGUCCUUCAAGCUGGUCCAGUAGGAGCAGGUGCUAUGGCCCCGGGAGGCCUGCCCGAAGAAGGCCACUGCCUGCCGCGGCCCACGCUGCGGCCCAGCCUGCCCCCGGCUCCCCGCCCCCC